AACCGUGCUCUGAUUUAGACAAUUUCUGAAGGAGCAGCGAACCUGCACCUAUGGGACCUGCGUUGGAUCUAUGGAAGGAAACAGAGAUAGGCAAAACGAGAAAGAAGUACGAGAAGCUAAGUGAGAAGAUUGUGUUAUGGGAAGACAAGAGGAAGAAAAAGGCAAAGAGAAAGCUUCAUCGAACAGAGAGAGGUGUAGAGAAGACAAAGAUGAAGGCGAUGCAGAGGUUCAGGGACGAAAAUGAAAGCAUAGAGAUGAUUGUCGCGAGUGCAAGAGCACAUGCAUAUGAGAGUCGAGUAAAGGAAGAGUUGAAGGUUAAGGAGAAAGCAAACCUCAUGAGAACAACUGGACGGAGUCCCUCUACUACAUGCCUCUGAAAUUCUGCAAGUUGCAGGAAAUGUAACGCUGAACAUACUUAACUGCUGAUA